AGAUGCGAUCUCUCAAUCGAGCUAACAUUUUAACCAGAGAAAUCGAAGUGCGCUAAAAUGGAUGAAACGACAAUCGAUUCGAUCUUUUCGGGAUCGCUGAAGUCCUUACCAGCCGUCAGCUCGAAAAUCGUGCGAAUCUUUACAAGUUCAACCUUCACUGACACAACAAUGGAGAGAAAUACUUUGAUGGCUCAGUGUUAUCCCAAACUCAAGGAUUAUUGCAGAGAAAAACAUGGUUUAGAAUUCCAGGUGGUUGACAUGAGAUGGGGCGUACGCGAUGAAGCCACCGACGAUCACAUGACUACGGAGUUGUGUAUGAGAGAAAUAGAAAACUGUCAGAGGCUGUCUAUGGGACCUAAUUUUGUUGUAUUUCUUGGACAAAAAUAUGGAUAUCGGCCCAUACCGACUUACGUUCUCAGUUCGGAACUAGAGAUGUUAAGAACCGAAUUAGAAAGUCAAGGAAUGGAUGUCAGUCUUCUGGAUAGAUGGUAUAAAAAGGAUAGCAAUGCUGUACCGCCUACAAGUAUACUACAACCGAUUUCGUCUAUUCUUAAAAACUUCAACAAUAAAAGAAUACCUAAGCUACAGCAAGAAGAUCAAGCAAUCUGGUGGGACACCAUGUGCAAGAUGCAAAAAUUGUUUAGAAAAGGCGCGCAAUCUUUGUUUAACACCGGAAAGUUCGACAAGGAUACAAUGCACAAUUAUUUUAUGUCCGUGACCGAGCGAGAAGUGAUCAACGGAGUGUUGAACGUAAAAAAUACAAAAAAUCACUGUUUGGCGUACGUGCGAUACAUCAACAAUAUUAAUCUGCAAAAUCUGAGGAAAGCUAGUUUGUUUCUGGAUAUAGCUAACAGAAGUUUGGACAACGAGGCAUCGAAAUUACUGGCUGACCUCAGAGACGAAAGAUUACCGAAUAAAAUCGAAAGCACGAAUUUGCAGAGGUACACGGUGGAAUGGAUCGGGCGAGAAGGUUUGGAUCCCGAAACUCAUGGCGAGUAUCUUCAGCAUUUCAUCACUCACUUUUAUCGGAACAUAGUGAAACUCGUGGAUCGCGCUAUGAGAAAAGAGGACAGUUCCGCACAGGGACAGAUAAUAACUGAGAUUUUGCAACAUCUGCACGCUUGCAAUAAUUCUGUGAAGGUAUUCUAUGGACGCGAGGACACUUUGGAGAAAAUAAAGAAUUACAUGCUGGGCAACAGCGACAAGCCGUUGGUGCUGUACGGGGAAGGUGGAUGCGGCAAGACAUCUCUGUUAGCGAAGAGCGCGGGUUUGACGAGCAGCACCUGGCUCACCGGCAAAAAACCGGUCAGCAUAAUUCGAUUUCUCGGUACCACCCCCGACAGCAGUGCGCUCACUCCCACACUGAUCUCAAUCUGUCAACAAAUUUCGUACAAUUACGGAUUGUCGUUUGAGGAGAUUCCUGACGAUCUGGUGCCGCUCACAGCUUAUUUCAAAUACCUGUUGACCUUAGCCAACGCGGAACAGCCUAUUCUAUUGUUUCUAGACAGUGUCGAUCAACUCACAGGUGUACAGGGUAACAAAUUGUCAUGGUUACCCACGAGACUUCCAUCGAACUGCAAGAUGAUUUUAUCAUGCGCAGCGGAAGAAUCAAAUCCACUGAUCUCGCGAGAUUAUCAGUUAUUGCGCAGAAUGAUAGAUACCGAAGAAAGCUUCAUCGAGGUAACCGCCUUGGGCGAAGAUCUAGCCAUGGACGUGAUAAGGAUGUGGAUGAAAACAGCCAGAAGAGAUCUGAAUAACUAUCAAUGGCGUCUGGUGGCAAACGCGAUCUCGAAAUGCUCACUGCCGAUCUUCGUGAAGCUCGUGUUCGCGGAGAUCUGCAGGUGGCGUAGCUACACGAAGCCGGCGGACACGCAUCUCGCCAGCACGGUGAUGGACAGCAUUAUGAUGCUGUUCGAGAGGAUCGAGAAGCAGCACGGCAAGAUUCUGGUGUUUCACGCGCUGGCCUAUAUCACGGCCGCCAAGUCGGGACUGUCGGAAUCCGAACUCGAAGAUCUGAUCUCCUUGGACGACAAAGUUCUCGAUGACGUUUAUCAGUACCAUUUACCACCGGUCAGACGCAUUCCGCCACUGUUGUGGACCAGAAUAAGAAACGAUCUGCCUAAUUAUCUGAGCGAGAGAGAGGCGGACGGUGUGAGCGUUAUGAACUGGUAUCACAGGCAAUUCAGAGAUACGGCCAGAGAACGAUACUUCAAGAACAUGAACAUGGCGAUGUACUUUCACUCGAUGAUCGCGGAUUAUUAUUUGGGAAUUUGGGGUGGCGGUAAACCGAAACCCUUCAAAUACACUGAAAUACAGAGACAUCGGUUCAAUUUAACAGACAAGGAAGGCGUAGCGGACAGAAAAGUGCCGGAGCAACCCCUGGCAUUUUAUUCGAAAGAAGGAACCAUCUCGAGAUACAACUUACGAAAGUUCGGCGAAUUACCAUUUCACUUGGUAAGAGCACGGCGAUUUAAGGAUCUCUUCGAAAACGUUCUGUUUAACUACGAGUGGCUGCACGCGAAACUGAGCUCUUGUCCUUUGCAAGCAGUGCUCUCCGACUUUGAAGACGCGUGUAACUUCAUCGAAGACCAGAGUUUGGUAAGAGAACUCAUGUUGGUCGCUGAUGCUCUGAGAUUAGGUGGCGCGAUUCUGGGAAAUCAUUCGGACAUGCUCGCGCCCCAGCUGAUCGGUCGAUUGUUACCGGAAAUCGGCGGGAACGUCAAUGUGAGAAUGUUGCUACGAGCGUGCGAUCACGACGGGGUCAAGCACUGCGCUUUACUUCCUCUUUAUCACUGUCUGCACACACCCGGCGGACCGUUGAAAUAUUCGCUGGAAGGUCAUCAGUUUGCGGUAUUUGGUUUUUGCUUGACAUCGGACUACCGCUACGUAGUGUCGAUUUCCAAUAAAUUCAUCACCUGGGAUCUGAGCACCAGCGAUAUGACAAAGGAUGUGAAUCCCGGUGUAGAAGGUAUAAUGCAACAAUUGGUCCUGAGUCCCGAUAACAGAUACGCCGCAGCUUUCACGACCAAUUAUCAGACUGUCGUUUUAAACACUUUGACGAGCGAAUUUGUUGUGAUCGACAAUCCUUUACCAAACGAAGACGCGGUGUGCGGCGUGUAUUUGAUGAAUCAAUACGCCUUCAUUUAUGGAAAACUGGGAUGGUGCAGAUUCGAUCUGCGAGGAAACCUACUCGACACUCAUAGUAACCCGGAAGAUUCUAAUAAAUGGCCGAUUCUGUGUAAAAAAAAAAAAAAAGAAAAAAAAACCAUUCAAUCUUUUACAUUUCUAUUAUACAUUGCGUAUUCAAAACUGCGUUUUUUGUACACAGAUGUAGGGUAUACGAACUUGGAUCAUUAUUGGAUCGUGUUCUGGUCAGGAAGCAUCGACGACACGCGUAUGCUUUUGCACACUUACAGAAAGAAAAUAUCACUGGAUUCGUUUCAGUUUCACAGCGUCAUGGUUAUGAGCAAAGACAAAACUACUUUGUACGCGUGCACGAACGAGAACGAUUAUAGAGUCACGAAGUACAAAUGCGACGAAGUCUCGUCCUACUGGGAAAAGGCCUUCGAUAUGCCGAGGGCGUACAACGACGAUGUGGAAUAUCUGUUGCAGCUGAAACUGGAUAGAGAAGAGGAAAUGCUAUUAGCGACCACCGGAAAUGGAUUUAUCGUGUGGUUUUUAGAGAGCAAGAGCAACGCGCAUGUAUUGAUGCUGCCGAACGGAGUGAGGAACAUCAGCACGCGAAUGAUGUGCUCCAAUUCGAUUAUGGUCAGUGGUACCAAGAAUUACGCUGUCGCCGGUGUAAGAAAAAAUCUGUACGUUUGGUCGCUGGAGACGUCGGAGUUGGUAAAAGUAUUGGACGCGCAUUUCGCGAGGAUUAUUCAAUUGGAGGCGCUAACGGUUGGAAAUUGGAAUAGCGUUGUAACGUCGAGUAUCGACAGAAGCGUUAAAGUGUGGAACAUCAACAAUAUCUUCGAACAAGUGCAUGUUAUCGAUAGACAUGAGUUGCAGAUAGACAUGAUAAGUUUAGCUGAGAAAGGCAACUUGGCCGUUACCGUCACCAGGGACUGCGUGGGCAUUUGGGACUUGCAAACGGGCAAAUUGAUAUCGAAGCUAGCUGACAGUCCGUUAGGAGCGAUUGUUACACACGCUUGCAUUACACAUGACAGCAAAUAUAUCGUGUCAACGGAAUCGGGAAAUGUUCUCGUGUGGAACAGGAUCACGGAACAGGUGUUGUUCAAAGAAGAGCAAUCGAACGUUAAGCAGUUAACGCUUGUAGAGAACUCGACAAAAUUCAUAACCGUUUCAAGACCAAAUAAUCCUGUCGGUGUGGAAAACGUGCGAACUACCGCAAUUCUCAUUAUGAGGAGUAUUCCUGAUGGCAGAACAAUAUUCUCUUUGGAGUAUCCUGUGAGAAGCAACACCGGUACACCUUUCCGCCAAGUUGUGAUAACAUCAGACGACGCUUUCCUGGCGGUGCCAGCAGCUGAUAAGGGCAACAGAGAUUGCGUUAUAAUUUACAGUGCAAAAACAGGAGCACUGAUUAGUAAAAUACCUAUUAAGGUGCCUGGAUUUAAGGAUAUUAUAUGCAUCACUCCGAUGUCUAACAAACCACAAUGGAUUGGAAUUAUCGGUUCUGAUAAAGGAACGAUUCUUGACAUCAACAAGAAGAAAAUUAUACGCACAAUUCCAAAAUGGAGUGGGAAUAUUAGCAAGGAUGGCAAAUAUACUUUAUACGCUCCCAGCAGAGGAGGCCUUGAGCUCAUAGAAUUAAAGAAAGGUACAACCGUGAAAACAUACAUACCCAAAGUCGCGGAAGGUGUAUUUACUGUUAUAUCAAUGUUUAAUCGUACAGACGAGUACGUGUUAUACUAUCACAGCGGUCGAAAAACUAUCAGAGUUUUCAGAUCCUCAGAUUGUGAAAUGAUAGCAAAUUACAGAGUACAAGCUGAGCUGAGUGCUAUUGACAGUACUUAUGACGGUAAGAGCAUUGUCUUAGGAACAGUGGAUGGUUGUGUGUCAGUGUUAGCAAUAGCUGAUCCUAACAAACCUGAGAUGAGAGAAUAUCUCGCAAAUGUGCCAUCUCGCGAUGAACAGUGGAAGAAAAAAACCGAGAAGCAUCGGGCUGCGAUAAAGUUUAAAGCUGCUGCUCGAAUCGCUCGUGUAACUCACGAUUUGUCAACGAGCGUCAAAUCGACAGGUGGCAUCUCGGAAACAAUCAAAGAAGCGGACGAGAACAUGGAAUAACUCGCGCUGAUUAGUACAUCGUAUAAAAUUGUUAUAGUGGCAUUUUAGUAGCUUGUAUUUAGAGUACCGAGCUACGAAAACGUGGAAACUGAUAUUGUUACGAUAUUAAUUAGUCACUUAUUAAAAGAAACAAGUAAAGCACACAGGCAGCAAGGAGAAAUCACAACUACAGAAUGUAUAUUACAUUUAUUUGUGUCUUUUUAUAAUUUCUUUCGUCUUUUUUUGUUCUUUUAUUCGAAUGGUAAAAGAACACGAGACGAAUUCGAUAAGGAAAAUAUUAUCUCGCGGAUGCGAGAUUAAUCUUGUACAAGUGGAAAUUCAAGGUAAUAUACUCAUCGAUUCGGUCUGUACAAAAAAAAGAAAAAAAAAAAAAAAAAUCCGUGUCGAAACCGUCCCGUGUUGUGUGUGCAAUGUAAUGAACGUUACGGUUUUGAUAUUCUUCUACUGAUUAAUUUCCGAAAGAUUGGCUGUGUAAAGUUUUACGAAAAAUAAUACGGGAACAUUCGUGAAUCAAAAAUAAACUUUAAAAUGAACAUAGGAACUCCGCAAUAAUUUAAAUUAAAUCUGGGAAAUUUAGUUGCAACUUUUAGAUGAUUUUUGAGAACUGUCUCUUUGCAUUUUAUCGAGUUAUCAGAACGUCUAAAACUGAAAUCUCAUACGUUUUUUUGUUUCAGAUAGCUCAAAAACAAGCUGUUAAAAAUCGGUCGAAAAUUGCAACAGAAUUCCAGCUUUGAUUUAAAUCGUACGUGUUUUGAUUUUGCGAAAUUACAAGAGACACGGUUGUCGACAAUUGUAGUUAUUCUAAUUCUUCAAUAUUGGAAAAUUAAUCGUUUAUAAGUUUUUCUUAUCUUGAAGCAAAAACUUAUAAGAUAUUUAUUUCCAAAUAAUUUUGUUAUAUCUUAUAUAUUUCACGCUAUGUUUAUAUUAAUCGUAAGUAUAAACAUAAUUGCGAUAAAUAAAUAAUUGCGAUUUACGAUGUUAGUUUCUAUUCGGCAAUGAUGGGAUGUAACUGUAUAGAACAAUCUUCUUCAACAUAAUUUAUUAGAAAAAAGUUACAUCGUUGAAACUAAACUUACGCCGCCAUCAAUAAAAUACUCAAAAUGUUGACAACCGUGCGUCUCAUCUUAAUCUCGCGAUAUUCGCGUUAUCUUUGGAUUCCAAUGCUAUAUGCAAAACAACUUGAACCGUUUCAUACGGGCUCAAAUAAUACCACGUUCUAUAAACGCAAGAGGUUGCGUUCAAAAGAGAAUUCAAUUUCAAUUAACUCUUAACCGCAUAUCGCGCGAUGAUCGACAACUCGAUUGAUAAACAUAUUUGAAUCAAAUUAUUACAGCGUAUUUCAUAUCGAUGCAUACUGUGUGCAUCUGUGGUAUAUAACAAAUAUGCGGUUAACUAGUUAAAUCAGUUAAUCCAUUCGCUUUUGUUUAGGCUAGUGGUUGAUAAUCAUGAAUUGUACCGUCUUGCUGUAUUUAAAAUGACUGCACAUACAAGGCUAAUAAUAUUUCGAAAUUAAAGAAGUUGUGAAAUUUCUGUUUGCACUUUCAUUUGUCUUCGCUUAUUCAAAA